UACGGAGCUGUCAGGGCUCCGUGCCCGGCCAGCCCCGGGCCCGUGCCAGGCCGGCCCCGGGCAGCUCCUGCCGGGCGGCUCCGGGGCUCCAGUGCUCGGCUCGUACCGGCGCUGCUGAGCGCGCCCCGAGCUGCGCUGACACCGCCGGUGGGCCGGGGCUGUUGGCUCGUUCAGCUCUCCGUGCUGGGCACGCCGUGGCACCGGGCCGGUGACCAGUUUGGUGACAGUGCCUGGGGCGCCUUGCGGAGGGGAGACGGGGCUGGGCUCAGGGUAGCUGCGCGUGGUUUGCCCGUAGCAGGGGCAUGGCACACGAUGUCCCUGUGGUGCAGGGCCCUUGGUUAGAGCAGGACAUUCCUGGUUGUGGGCUGGCUCGCUGUGCUGGCUGCCUGCGGCCAGCCCGGCUCCCUGCAGUGCUCAUGCCUGUGCCCGGAGCAGUGUGAGCCCCAGCAGUGGCAUGCAAGGGGGCACUUGGUGCAGGCACAAUGAGGUGCUCCGUAGAGCCUCACCACUGCCAUGGGCACCAGGAUCCAGCCCUCCACGGUGGGAGCUCUCUCCUCCAGGUCCCGACUCCUGGCCCAGGUCCUUGUGCUUCUGAAGCCGUCAGGAUCGCAGCCUGACCUGAUGUGGUUCCAAGGUGCUGGAUGUGAAGAUGGAGACUGUCUCCCUGGGUUUUAGAACUGUUCCUGGCGAGCUGCUCAUCCCUGGGGCUGGAGAGGGCUGUGCUGUGCCCUGCUGUGCUGUGGGUGCAGCAUGAGGAGGAGGAGCUCUGGUGUGGGCUGAGAGGUGCCAACAGCCUGUGUGCAGGGACAUGGGAGAGCUGGGCUGGGAGCAGGGCGUGACGGGUGGCUGUCACCCACUCUGGUUUGUGGCGCUUUGGCAGUGCCCUGCUUUGGGGUUGUUGGGUCCCUACAGUUGUCACUAGAGCCACCUCACUGGGUCUGCUGCGCCUGCCUUGUGCCAAGGCCGAUGCUUUGGGGCAGGGUUAGGGAUGCUCUCACCGUACAGGGAGCUGCAGUUGGGGAUGCUCAGCACAGGGCACACAGAGCCUCUGCAGGGACCUUCCCCUCUCGCUGCAGGGGAAGUGCUGACUCCAAAGUGACUGUGAAGGCUUUGCCAUGGGGUUUCCCAGCUCUCUUUCGAGUGAUAGCAAAACUCAGAUACCCUGCUUGCAAAAAAUCCCUGCUCCCUGCACUCUGCGACGUCGUGGGCGGUGAGUGGCGACUGCUUUGGCCGAGUACAGCGAAGCGGCCCCAUCGGCUGGGAAAUUACUUUCUAGUUUGCAAGGAAUGACUGUAAGGUGGGUCACACUCAACAGGCUUCACGGCAGCCCUGGGAUGCAGGUGGGAUGGCAGGCAGGGUGAAUGGGACCUCCGUGCCAUCAGCAUCCCCUGGGUACCUGCGCUGGUGGCAGCAUCUCUCUGCCUGCCUGGCUGCAGUGACUCCCAGUGUCCCACACACUGAGUGCUGCCCUCGAAACAGCCACUGCAGGGAAGCCAGGGCAUGGCUAGGCUUGGGGUUUAGGGUUAGGGUUGGAGUCCCCACCUUGCCAGCACGGGUCAGGACUCAGCUCUGCAGCCAUGCAGGCAGCUCCAGCCCGGGAGGCUGUGCUGGCUCCGGGGCUCCGGCACGCUCUGGGAGAAGUAGCCUCGACAGCUGUAAUGUUUCUGUGGCAUGCCUUUCCUUUCAUGGGGUGUCUAUUUUGCAACCCCCAAGUGUUUUGAUCCCGGGAGGAAGGGGGCGGGGGUGUUUACCCUGGCACCGCAUGGCUGGUGCAGGGAUCCAAGUGGUGCUGGGCAUGCCUGAAUUUCACAUGCAGCAACAGUUCUAGCAACAUCUGCUGGCUGAUAAAAGGUAGGCUGCUGCACGCCGCUGCUCCCGCCGCGUUGGGAAACGUCGAGGGGGAGGCGCACUGUGAACACGGCUUCCUGGCCGAUAGGGCUGAGCUGACUUGCUGAUAAAGCAGAAUCCACCCAUCUGGCUGCACCAGAGGGGCCAGGAGCACGGGCUGCUCGCAGGCACUCGGUGCUUCCCUGAGUGCUGGGUCCUGCUUCCCGCUGGAUCAGGAAUGAUGUGCCGCCGAGCUGGGACAGCCACGGCAGCAUAGCUGAACCACAGCACAGUCACAACCCAUUCCCGGUUCAAACAGUCACUGGUGCUGAACCAUGGCGGUGUGGAUCCAGGCCCAGCAGCUCCAGGGCGAAGCCCUGCGGCAGAUGCAGGCGCUCUACGGGCAGCACUUCCCCAUCGAGGUGCGGCACUACCUGUCGCAGUGGAUCGAGAGCCAGGCAUGGGACUCCAUCGACCUUGACAACCCCCAGGAGAAUGUGAAGGCGACACAGCUUCUGGAGGGGCUGAUCCAGGAGCUGCAGAAGAAGGCAGACCACCAAGUGGGUGAGGACGGCUUCCUGCUGAAGAUCAAGCUGGGGCACUACGCCACGCAGCUGCAGAACACGUAUGACCGAUGCCCCAUGGAGCUGGUGCGCUGCAUCCGGCACAUCCUCUACCACGAGCAGCGGCUGGUGCGGGAGGCCAACAAUAGCCCUUCCCCAUCUGGCUCCCUGGUGGACGCCAUGUCCCAGAAGCACCUGCAGAUCAACCAGACCUUCGAGGAGCUGCGGCUCAUCACUCAGGACUCGGAGAAUGAGCUCAAAAAGCUGCAGCAGACACAGGAAUACUUCAUCAUCCAGUACCAGGAGAACAUGCGACUCCAAGCCCAGUUCUCCCAGCUCUCCCAGCUGGGCCCCCAGGAGCGCAUGUCACGGGAGACAACGCUGCAGCAGAAGAAGGCGUCGCUGGAGGCCUGGCUGCACCGUGAGGCCCAGACACUACAGCAGUACCGCGUGGACCUGGCUGAGAAGCACCAGAAGACGCUGCAGCUGCUGCGCAAGCAGCAAACAACCAUCCUGGAUGAUGAGCUGAUCCAGUGGAAGCGUCGGCAGCAGCUGGCAGGGAAUGGGGGCCCACCCGAAGGCACCUUGGAUGUGCUGCAGACCUGGUGUGAGAAGCUGGCAGAGAUCAUCUGGCAGAACCGGCAGCAGAUCCGCCGUGCCGAGCACCUGUGCCAGCAGCUGCCGAUCCCAGGCCCGGUGGAGGAGAUGCUGUCAGAGCUGAAUGGAACCAUCACUGACAUCAUCUCUGCCCUGGUCACCAGCACCUUCAUCAUUGAGAAGCAGCCCCCCCAAGUGCUGAAGACACAGACCAAGUUUGCAGCCACUGUGAGGCUCCUGGUGGGCGGGAAGCUGAAUGUGCACAUGAACCCCCCCCAAGUGAAGGCCACCAUCAUCAGCGAGCAGCAAGCCAAGGCCCUGCUGAAGAAUGAGAGCACCCGCAAUGAGAGCAGCGGGGAGAUCCUCAACAACUGCUGUGUGAUGGAGUAUCACCAGGCCACUGGGACGCUCAGCGCCCACUUCCGCAACAUGUCCCUGAAGCGGAUCAAGCGCUCGGAUCGCCGCGGGGCUGAGUCAGUGACAGAGGAGAAAUUCACCAUCCUCUUCGAGUCGCAGUUCAGUGUCGGUGGGAAUGAGCUGGUCUUCCAGGUGAAGACGCUGUCCCUGCCUGUGGUGGUGAUUGUGCAUGGGAGCCAGGACAACAAUGCCACGGCCACCGUGCUUUGGGACAACGCCUUUGCCGAGCCCGGCCGCGUGCCCUUCGCUGUGCCCGACAAGGUGCAGUGGCCACAGCUUUGCGAGGCGCUCAACAUGAAGUUCAAGGCAGAGGUGCAGAGCAGCCGCGGGCUGACCAAGGAGAACCUGGUGUUCCUGGCACAAAAGCUUUUCAACAGCACCAGCUCCCACUUGGAGGACUACAGCAGCACCACAGUGUCCUGGUCCCAGUUCAACCGGGAAAACCUGCCUGGGAGGAAUUACACCUUCUGGCAGUGGUUUGACGGGGUCAUGGAGGUGCUGAAGAAGCAUUUGAAGCCGCACUGGAAUGACGGGGCCAUCCUGGGCUUCGUCAACAAGCAGCAGGCGCACGACCUGCUCAUCAACAAGCCCGACGGGACCUUCCUCCUGCGCUUCAGCGACUCGGAGAUCGGUGGCAUCACCAUCGCCUGGAAGUUCGACUCCUCUGAGAGGAUGUUCUGGAACCUGAUGCCUUUCACCACCAGGGACUUCUCCAUCCGCUCCUUGGCUGACCGCCUCGGGGAUCUCAGUUACCUCAUCUACGUGUUCCCCGACCGGCCCAAGGACGAGGUGUUCUCCAAGUACUACACGCCGGUUCUCUGUGAGUCCACGCCAGCUAAAGCUGUGGAUGGAUACGUGAAGCCACAGAUCAAGCAAGUGGUGCCAGAGUUUGUCAAUGCAUCAGGAGAUUCUGCACCUGGAGGGGCCACCUACAUGGACCAGGCACCCUCGCCUGCCGUCUGCUCCCAGCCUCAUUACAACAUGUACACCCAGAACCCCGACCCUGUGCUGGACCCCGAGGGUGAUUUUGACCUGGAAGACACGAUGGAUGUAGCGAGGCACGUGGAGGAGCUGCUGCGGCGCCCCGUGGACAGUCAGUGGAUCCCCCACGCCCAGUCGUGACAGGCAGGCGCCUGGUCCCUUGCCCCUGGCCCCGGCGCUGCGGGGACUGUGCUGUGUUCGUGUCUCUGUGCCAGGGGACAGCGGGUGGGCCCUGCCCCCAGGAUUUGCUCUGUGCUGCCCCGAAACACAGGCUGGCGUCCAGCUCUUUGGUGUUUAUGCCCUUGUAUAAACGGCAGCGGAUUUGUCGCAUGGUUUUCCUGUAUGUUCCUUUUAAGAGGCCCAGCUUCGGCUUUCCGCUUCUGCCAGCACUGGCCCCGCAGCCCCUGACCCCCCGUGGGGCUGCUGGGGCGGGGGCCGCCAGCCCGGCCUCAGGUUCGCUUUCGCAGUCGUCACUAAGAAUGUACGUGUCGCCUUCUUGUUCUCCCCCGCGGCUCCGUUCCCAGCCGUGCGUGAGGGCAGAGGGCAGAGGAGGGGUUCUGCCAGGGCUCCCCCAGCCCGUGCCGGUGCUCUGCCCCUCAGUGGCAGGGUCCCUGCACUUCAUCCUCUCCUCUGCCCCCAAGGAUGCAGGAGCUCCUCCGGCUCCCGGCCUCGGUGUCCCCUCUGGAGCCGGUGCGGCGUGAGGGUGGCAGGGUGCGAGGGCGCCCAGCGAGGGCGGUCGGGUGGGCAGGGGGCUUGGGGAAGCGGAGCCCUCUGGCCGCUGCUUCUCCCCUCGCCUGGGCGGGAAACUCUGGGGUCCUGGCCAUGUUAUUUUUCUAUCACAGAGUAAAUAAAGCACGGAAUAUUUUUGUAACACAAAA